AUGACAUCUUCAAGUCCCAAUUUGCCUGAGGUACAAGUCCCAAUUGAUGUAGCCAAGGAACCCAGGUCAGUGAGUCCCAUGUCCUGCUAUGACAGUUCCCCAGAGCGCGUGACGACACAAAAUCAGCUCCUAAAGCCGGCGUUUCUGCUGUCCGGUCAGUCAAGGGUGGCUUCAGAGUUGGAUAUUUUGGAGCCGGAUGAUACGCAUUCUUCGGGGCCGUCUUCCACAUCUGAAAGCACCUUGACAGUUCCCGGGAAGCUACCUCGAGACUCAACGCACCAUAAGCCUGUGAGUGUUAAAAGGAUGGGAUGGGUAAAGCUGAUUCGGCUUCAACUGAAUGCACUGCACGAACAAAAGGCCAGGAAUGCUGCCGCCGCGAUUCAAGUCGACACAAAGAGGCUGAACAAAGAUUCGCCUGCAGAGAACAAAGAGGACCCCUGGCCAGUGAGCGUCAAGGAAACUUCUCAGUGUGCGGAUUCUCCCCCUGAUUCACUCGAACACGCCGCGGUGGCCUGCAAUUUCAUCAAAGACUCCCACGAAUCUUCGAUGAACGAAGUGGAACUGAAAUCUGCUGGAGUUGGUGGUCCGCGGAAAAAAAAGUGA